AGACAGCCAAAUUUGAGAGUGGCAAAACAGCAAAUUUCUCCUCCCCUCCCUAGUCCCUACCAAAUUCGCCACCAUCCCCAUCUAUAUUAUCCAGUCCUCUGCUCAUCCUAUACCUUUGCUUUGCCUCUCCUUCACUUCACUUCAACUCCAUCGCCCGUUGCAGCGGCGGCGGCGGCAAUCAUAUCACCCAGACGCGGACGCCAUAGUAGAUUAGAUUGAUCUCUCCGUGGGGAGGAAGAGGAGCAAGAGCCAUGUCCAGCCCCACGCACGUCCGCAAGGCCAUCCGCUUCGCCUCCCUGCGGGCAAAGAUCGCGCAGCAGGGUAAGACAGGCCUGGCGCUGCGCCUGCUCCUCGCCGCCGCACUCGCCGGCUUCCUCCUCGUGUUCGCCGCGCGCACCCUGGUCACGCCGUCCCCUGCCCCGACCUCGUCGUCCCAGGCGCAGGAAUAUCACCAGGACGCCGCGCCGGAGUGCGGCAAGGGGAACGCGGGCCUGCCGCUGGCGGUGGCGGAGGCGCUGGUGCACUACACCACCUCGAACGUGACGCCGCAGCAGACCGCGGACGAGAUCGGGGUGUCGCUGCGCGUGCUGCAGCGCCGCGCGCCCUGCAACUUCCUCGUCUUCGGGCUGGGCCUCGACAGCCCUAUGUGGGCGGCGCUGAACCACGGCGGCCGCACCGUGUUCCUGGAGGAGGACGCGUCGUGGAUCGCCAGCGUGCGUUCCAAGCACCCGGGGCUCGAGUCCUACCACGUCGCCUACGACACCGUGCUCACCGACGCCGACUCGCUCCUGGGGCUCCGCGACCACCCGGCCUGCGUCGCGCAGCCAGACCUCGCCGCCGCCGCCGCCGCGUCCUGCCGCCUCGCGCUCGCCCUCAAGGGCCUCCCGCCCGUCUUCCACGAACUGGAGUGGGACCUCGUCAUGGUCGACGCGCCCACGGGGUGGACGCCGCAGGCGCCCGGACGGAUGGCCGCCAUCUACACCGCCGGCAUGGCGGCGCGCGCGCGCAGGCCCGGGGACGGACCCACCGACGUCUUCGUGCACGACGUCGACCGACCCGUCGAGGACAACUUCUCCAAGGCGUUCCUGUGCGAGGGAUACCUCGCCGAGCAGGUCGGCCGGAUCAGGCACUUCGUCAUCCCGUCCCACCGUGAGAAGGACGGCACACCAUUCUGCCCUUGACAAUCUUUAUUUUGAUUCUUUGAGAGUUUGAGUGAGAGCCAUCCAUCCAUAAUCCAUCUCUCUUUUUUUUUUUGCUUUUCCUGCGCUCUGCCUUGGCUUUAUUUACAUACAUAUAUAUGAGACGAAAAAACACUACAGCAUGCAUAUGCAGCAGCCGUCAGCAACUGGAGCUCCUUCAUCAUUCUUUCUAAUUUUGCGGGUGAACCACACCAUGAUGGAGUUAAGAGGCGGGUCUGCGCACGCCGCCCGAUCAGGAAGUGGACUCGCCAGAUUCGACGUCGGAUGCAUUAAUUAUUCUAUCUUCUUUGAUUGUUCUGCUUUGGAUCGGCGGUGCACGUUGGCUGAUGGUGGUUCAUCAAGAGGUGGAGCUUGUGAUGUGACGUGGGCGUCGUAGCCAAACUAUGGUCAUUUCUGCAUUUUUUUGAAAAGAAAGAUAUUAAGAGUUUUCAAAAACCAUACAAUAGAGUUGAAGCAAAGUCUUGGAAAGCA